UUUCUCCUUCUGGCGCAUGGUUUAAAUGAUAUCAACAAACCCGUAGCCAAAAUGGCGGACUCCGAUGACGACUUGGAAGAAAUGCGACUACUUCGCAAUUGUGCGAGGGGACGUGGGGGUGGAAACAUUUCAGCCAGCAUGAGGGUGGAUCACGAAGAUGACUCUGAGGAAAGAUCUGCCAAACUGGAGGAUGACAUGGCCAAAGUUAUGGGCUUCUCGGGGUUUGGUAAAAAAGCCAGGACAUUUGAUGUGAGUGCGAUGUUUGAACAGACACGGCGCACAGCUCAACAGUUGACAGCCAAGAAACCAGAGGGCACUGUGCAACCGGCAAAGCCGUCUGGGAAAAGAGCAGAAAGGGCCGACAGCCACAAAAGCAGCGACAGCGAUGAUUCUGAAGAUUCCAGUGAUAGUGAUACAGAAAUGAUCGGUCCACCUAUGCCACCAGGGUUUCAAGCCCCAACGACCUCCAAAACAUCCUCGUCAAAGGCGAAUGAAGUGAGCCAGGCUGAUGAUGAAUCAGAUGUUGAUGAUGAUGAGAUUGACGAUAAUCAAGAGGAAGAAGAUGAUAGCCUUGUCAGCAAGAUACCGGCCUCUCAUGAAAUUGUACUAAACCAUGGACCUAAGACGGUCUCAGCCAUCAGCUUGGACCCGUCGGGUUCACGGUUAGUGACAGGCGGCUAUGACUAUGAGAUGAAAAUGUGGGACUUUGCGGCCAUGGACUCAUCGCUGCAUUCAUUCCGGUCGCUGCAACCGUGUGAAAGUCAUCAGAUUAAGACAUUGCAGUACAGCAUCACAGGCGACUGCAUUCUUGUAGCAGCUGCCAAGGCGCAGGCUAAGGUCAUCGACCGCGACGGCUUUGAGGUCAUGGAGUGUGCCAAAGGUGACCAGUACAUAGUGGACAUGGCCAAGACCAAGGGUCAUGUGGCUGCCCUGAAUGGGGCUUGCUGGAACCCAAAAGUCAAAGAGGAAUUCAUCACUUGCUCAGAUGAUGGGUAAGAACUGCUUGUUAAACAGCGAACACUGAGAAUAUGGGAUUUCAACCAGCCCAAACGCCAGAAGGAGGUCAUUAAGUUCCGGUCGGUCGGUGGCCGUAAGACGGUGCCUACAUGCUGCACCUUCAGCCGCGACGCCAAGCUGAUCGCAGCCCCAUGCCAGGAUGGCAGUCUGCAGCUCUGGGAUGUCAAGAAACCAUUCAUAAGACCAACGUACCACCAGAAGACGGCCCAUGCUGUUGGCAGUGACAGCACCUGCAUGACGUUUUCCUACGACAACAGGGUCUUUGCCACACGAGGAGGGGACGAUACGCUGAAGUUGUGGGACUUACGUAACUUUAAGAGACCGAUAAACGUCACAACUGGACUCAUAAACUAUUUCUCAGGGGUAGACUGCCUGUUCAGCCCAGACGACAAGAUGAUAGUCACGUGCACCUCUGUCAAGAAAGGGGAAGGGGAGGGUAAACUGGUCUUUCUGGACCGAGAAACUUUCGACACUGUCACUGAGAUUCCGUGUGGCGAUGCGGGCGUAGCUAGGUGCUUGUGGCAUCCAAAGCUGAAUCAGAUCAUUGUCGGUUGUGGCAACGGAGACGCCAAGAUCUUCUAUGACCCAAACAAGAGUCACAGGGGUGCUAAGCUGUGUGUGGUGAAGAAGAAGAGGAAAGCCAAGGAACCAGACAUAGUCAGAAAUGACCACGUCAUCACACCUCACAUGCUUCGCAUGUACCGUAAAGACCAACCCAAGCUGCUGAUGUCAUACAAACAGUCGCAGAAGGACCGACAAGACCCUCUCAAGUCGCACCGACCAGACCUACCCAUCACCUCAGGUCGUGGGGGCCGGGUAGGCUCUGGUGGAGCCAGCCUGUCAUCCUACGUGGCCAAGGUCAUCGCCGUCAACAAGAAAGAUGACAGCAACCCCAGAGAAGCCAUCCUACGCCAUGCCAAGGACGCCUCGUCCAAUCCGUAUUGGAUUGCCCCCGCAUAUUCCCAGACACAGCCCAAAGCCAUCUUCCAGGAGGAGUCGGACGAGGAGGAGGAGGACAACACGGACGUGCCUCAUUGGGCCAAGAAGCAGAAGCUAGACUCAGACAAGACAGACUCAUGAGAAGGGAUUAGAGACGACUGAGAAAGUCAGUGUCGAGGACGGCAAAAGAAAAUGUCUGAGAUACCUGCACAGGAGCCUUUCCCAUAGACAUCUUAAUGCAAGUAAAUUGUACCUAGUUAUGUGACAUUUGAUUUGUCAGGUGCUCACGGCAGCUUGGUGAAGCCAUCCUGAGACUGGUGACCUGACCUUGUGUAAGGACUGGAAAUGGUGUCACUUAUCAUACAAUUUCAUUGGCUAUGAGCUGUGAGCAUUCCUCCUUCCCAGGAGUCUGAUUGGCUGUGAGGGCUGAUGCUGCACACAUUACACGGGUGUGAAUAUGUAAAUUAUCUUGAAGGUUGACACAAGUAGAAGUUUUCUGUAACUGGACAAACAAGUCUUUAACUUUCAUCUAGUGGAUGAUGAUCUGAAUUGUUGACAAUUUAUUGAGUGUGAAUCUGUCCAUCAUUUGACCCAUUUUGAAAAUAAGGAACUGGGAAAAUCUUGGAAAAUACCAAGGACGGAAAUGUAACAAGCCCCAUCUCCCCUCAGCUCUUACCAUCAACAGACCUUAAUCAUGAUGCUUCCAUGUCUGUCUUGUUCCCUGUAGCAAUAGUACUACAACUUCACAUAUUAGUAAAAGGGAACAGACUAGUUUUCCUUCCAGCCUCAGUUUGGUUUACAUUGCUUUGAAUGGUAGAAAAGCAAGAUGGCUGCCCCAUGAUGUAGGUCUGUGUGCAGAUCUUGUAUAGCUCUGAAUAGACCAAGAACUUACUCCACACCCUCAGGCCACUGGCAAGCUUGAAGAAUUAAGCAUACUUCAGAAAGGACAGGCAUUGAAUUCAUUCUCAGCCAUUUUUUUUAGUACUCUUUAAUUGUUCCAAUUUGAAUUUUUCAUUUAACUUAGGCAAUAGGCAAACAUCUCUCUUGCAAAUAAUAAAGCUAAUUCCA